AUGAACGCGUCAGUGGACUCACAGCGUGCUGGAGGCCAGGUUGGUGUCUUCGUGCUUCAGCUUGCCGUCCAGAGCGAGGCCUCGCUUCUCCCGGUUGUUGGACAAAAAUGGCGUGAGGGUGAAGACUUUGCAGAAAGUGGAACUGGAGGCCACGACGUCGCUGAGAAGAGAAACGUUUCUUUUUUCAUCAGCCGCUCCUGCAAGCGAGUCAAUGUCUUCUGCUCCUCAGGGGGAGGAGGAAACGCCUGCGCAUUUGCCACAAACAAAUCUUUACGAAAGGUCAACCCGAGAACGUCCAAAUCUUCGCGUCCAUAUCGGAAAGCGCAGUACUCCGGAUCAAUCAGGAUCACGCCAUCUGACAACAAGACCAAAAGAGAAAGCAAACCGCUGUUUUACCCUCAAAAAGCCGUGUGGAUGAAGCAGACCAGGGGUGUCAGGGGCCGCAUGGAGAAAAAUCAAUUCCCAAGUGGACAAGAUGGACGCCAGCUGAGGACAGACCGACAGCCCAGCCACCAGCUGCUCCAGUUCUGGAAACACCAUCCUCGUCUCCUCGUCUCCAGCGGGCCAUCCCACGGCGUCGUCAUCUUCCUCGUCACCGGCGCCGCCAUCUUCUCCGUCUUCAGUGGGCAGUCCCACGGCGUCGCCAUCCUCUUCGUCUCCGGCGGGCAGUCCCACGGCGCCGCCAUCUUUCUCGUCUACGGCGGGCCGUACCAAGGCGCGUCCGCCAUGCUCGUCACCUCCACGGCCUUCGGCUUUCCUGCCGCACGGACGGCCAUCGGACGCCCACACGUCUCCUCCUCAUCGGCCAAGAGAGUUCCCGUUCCGCGGUCGCCCGACUCGCCAGAUGCAGCGCCAUUCAACGCGUCGCCGCCACCUGACUGUCCCUCGCUGGCUGCGGGGACACAAGGCUUGGCGAUCCGCUGCAAACUGCACCCUUCACUUUCUCGUGACAUUUGAACCUUGUUUUCUGGGGGGGACGUCUAGAAUCCAUCCCUUAAGGGGGGGGUACUGUGACGAUCUGUCACAGGCACGUUGAGUUGUGUUUCCUGGGUUGGUGUUUAUUUCCUGUCAGUGCUCUUAUGUUGGUUCCAUUUCCUGCUUGUUUCCCUGUGCGCUGUUUCCCCUCAUCUGUUACUGAUUGUCAGCCUGGCCACACCUGUUGUCAAUCAGCUUGCUGCUAUUUAUGCCUGCCUCGCCCUCCAGUCAGUGCUCGAUGACUGAUUGCUGUCUCCUGUUAUCCUGGUUUUCCUGGUAUCCUGUUUCCUGGUUUCUGUUAUCCUAUUAAAGUCAUGUU